AUGCAGCAAUCAAGAUUAAGUGGACAACUGGAUUUAGAUGAGCUUUUAACCGUCCGCAAAGAGCCACGACGAUACGAGUUGGUUAUCCUUCAGCAUCCUGAGAUCGCUCGAGCUACAUCACCCUCCGAGAAAGAUCGUCGUGUCGUAGAUCCGCCGUGUAUCUUGCAGCUGAGAAUUUAUGACAGUAAAGGGAAUUUGGAUGACAAUGCAAUGAGGUCACCCUUUUGGGUUGUUCAUACGAUGCUCGAAGGCUCUCAUCAAAUGCCAUCUCAGCUCCUUCAGGGUCAACUUAGUUCCUCUGCGUCUUACGUCACAAGUGGAUGGGCUCACGACGCCGGCUGUUAUUUCAUAUUCGGUGACCUUGCAAUCACAACACCGGGCCUGUAUCAUUUGAAGUUUCUUCUCACUACUGUUCGACCUCUUCCGACGAGGCCGGAUGAGCUUCCGGUAUUGACGCAAACCCACGCCAAUAUGAUACGCGCAUAUCCGCAAAGAGAGUUUCCAGGAAUGUCAGCUUCAACGGACUUGGUGAAGAGUCUGGCUGAGCAAACUUUGGGACUCUCGGUCCGGCAUAGUGACCACAGAAAUAGAUUUUACCGUUCGCAAAACUACUAG